AUGCUGCGGCUGAUCGACCCACCUGCAUCGCCGUGUCCGCCGCGCCGGCCGAUAGCUAUUGACCUGGGUGCAAAUCCUCGAACUGACCUGGGUGCCAAUCCUCGAACUGACCUGGGUGCAAAUCCUCGAAUUGACCUGGGUGCCAAUCCUCGAAUUGACCUGGGUGCCAAUCCUCGAACUGACCUGGGUGCAAAUCCUCGAACUGACCUGGGUGCCAAUCCUCGAACUGACCUGGGUGCAAAUCCUCGAAUUGACCUGGGUGCCAAUCCUCGAAUUGACCUGGGUGCAAAUCCUCGAAUUGACCUGGGUGCCAAUCCUCGAAUUGACCUGGGUGCCAAUCCUCGAAUUGACCUGGGUGCAAAUCCUCGAAUUGACCUGGGUGCAAAUCCUCGAAUUGACCUGGGUGCCAAUCCUCGGCUUUCUUUUAGUUCUUUGAGCGUUUUUUUCUAG